AUGAAAAAUGCCUUGACGAAUUAUUGGACAGAUCUGAGAAAGGGAGAUUCAAGCAUAGAAAGCAGUGUAGCUACUUUUACUUGCGUCAGGAAGAAGAUGAAAAGGAAUGCCAAAAUGUUGAUUGCUUCACUGAAGCAAAUGGAUAACAAACUUGUGGCAUCUCCGCUUUUGGAUCAAGGUCACCAACUCUCGGCUGUGAUUCGGAUGAUUAGAGAAGUUGAUGUAAUGAACUGUUCUAUUUUCCAAUCCCUCCUUUUAUUCUUGUUGACUUCAUCAAAGCCUAAACAAAGCAGGUGGUCCCUUGUUUCAAAAUUGAUGCACAAGGGAAUAAUAGCUUGUGAAGAAAAGCAAGAAAAUCGGAAUGAGUUGGAAACUGUUGAUGCGGCACUAAGUGAAGUGUCUGAUUCGGAGAAGAAGAAAACUGCGCAUAAGAAACUUGAGGCUUCGAUGAUCAGCAUUGAAGAUGUCGAGAAUUUUCUGGAGCGUUUGUUCAGGCCCUCGAUUAAAACAGGAGCCUCUCUUUUUAACAUAAUCUCCCAAUAG